AUGGCCCAAGUGCUUACUUAUUUGCUCAGCUUCUUGUUCUUUUCGGAAUUUGCCCGGGCCGGACAUGGGCGCGGAAAGCCGCUUCCCCUUGAGACAACAAAGGCUUUCCACGCUGCCUCAUUCUUUCCUGAAUACCAUUCCGAGAGGGUUACCAUCAAGUAUGCGCCUGUUUCAGUACCGCCAAUGAACGAGAACGAUGGCAUGGCCCAAUACUUCCAGCCCUCGACCGCACUGCCUUGCCGGGAUUGCCUCAUCACCUGGCUGCAGAUGGGGCUAGAGCAUGCCGAUGGAAGCAUCGCUGAUGCCAACACAGGCAUGUGGCUACACCAUGGGGUAAUGGUGAACAGGAACCAGUCUGACGCGGUCUGCGGGGACGGCGCAUAUGGCCAGAGAUUCGCCGCCUCAGGGAAUGAAAGGACGGCGCUUGACUUCUCUGCGGGCGGGCAAGUCCUCUUCCGAAUCCACGAGAUUGAGAACUGA